UCAAAAAGGAAUAAAAUUUUUAACUACGAGAGGAAAAACCUUUAUUGAUAAUAAUUUUCUUUCGAAAUUGUUGCAACUUAAUAUAUUUUUUUUUAGCCAAAAUAAAUUUUUGUAGUUGAUUGAAGGUAAAUGUACAAAUUAUUGCAGUUUGCACAAGAAAAUAAAAGUGUGUGAAAAGUUUUACUUUAAAGAUUUUGUAACCCAUCAAUUUCCGUGUGAUCUUAAGAAAAUUGCUUGUGCAGCUAUGAUCCUAUAAUAUAUUGUGUUAGCUGCUGAUUAUAAUAAAAAAAUCUGUAAUCAGAGUAAAAAUUUUGUAUUUACCUCAUUAAUAAUAUUUACAUAUAUAACUGCAAAUAUAAAAGAAACCAAAAAUCAGAGUGACAUAACCCUAAAUUUAAAUAUUUCAAAUUUAUGAAUUGAUUUAAUAAAAAAUUAUGAAUAAAAAAUAUGGGUGGAUUUCUGGAUAAACCGAAAAUAGAUAAAUAUAAUGAACAUGGGGAAGGUAAUGGGCUAACCUACGGUGUAGCUUCAAUGCAAGGAUGGCGUUGUGAAAUGGAAGAUGCUCAUUAUGCUAAAACAGGUUUAAGCGAAAGUUUAGAUGAAUGGAGUUUCUUUGCAGUUUUCGAUGGUCACGCUGGAUGCAAAGUUUCCGAGCAUUGUGCGAAACAUUUACUAGAAUGUAUAAUAAAUACAGAAGAAUUUAAAACUGGAGAAUAUGUCAAAGGUAUACGGACAGGAUUUUUACAUUUGGAUGAAACAAUGCGUAUUCUACCAGAAUUAACAUCAGAUACAGAGAAAUGUGGUGGAACUACUGCUGUGUGCACAUUUAUAUCGCGCGAUCAUCUCUACAUUGCAAACUGUGGUGAUUCUCGGGCUGUUCUUUGCCGAAAUGGCGAGCCAGUUCUUGCAACACAAGAUCAUAAGCCAGUUUUACCAGAGGAAAAGGAACGAAUCCAUAACGCUGGAGGUAGCGUUAUGAUUCAACGUAUAAAUGGUAGUUUAGCUGUAUCAAGGGCUUUGGGGGAUUAUGAUUUCAAAAAUGUCAAAGAAAAAGGGCAAUGUGAGCAAUUAGUUUCCCCUGAACCAGAAAUAUUUUGUCAAAGUCGACAAACUACGGAUGAGUUUCUAGUUUUAGCCUGUGACGGCAUAUGGGACGUUAUGAGUAAUGAGGCUGUUUGCAGUUUUAUACAUUCGAGGCUAAGAAUUACGCAAGAUUUGGAAAAUAUUUCAAAUCAAGUAAUUGACACAUGUUUGAAUAAGGGUAGCCGAGAUAAUAUGAGUAUAAUUAUCAUAGCUUUUCCCGGAGCACCAAAACCUACUCCUGAAGCAAUUGAGGAGGACAAACGACUGGAACAACAUAUUGAAAAUAUUAUAAGAGAAGAAUAUAGAUCAAGUGAUAUAAAAGAGUUUCACGAUUUAUUGGGAGCUUUGCAAUUAAAAGAUAUUCCUGGCUUACCUCCUGGUGGUGGAUUACAAUCAAAAUAUGGCAUUAUUGAAAAAACAUUUAAGGAGCUUUGGCCGGAUUUGGAAGAACAGGUUGAAUAUUCAGAGCAAUGAUUUGUUGUGUCUGUGUAAAUUUAAAUAAAAAAUUAACUAAAAUAAACUUAAAAAAAAUUGUUUGAAAUUUAAAAAUCAAGAAACAAAAACAUACAUAUAUAAUAAAAAAAAAUAUUCAACCACAAUAUUAUAUUAUAUAUUAUAUAAAUGCAUCUGUGACAUCCAAAUUGCAAGUAAAACACAAACUUUACAAAAUUUUAUGAUCCAAAUUGUAAACUGAAAAAUUUUUACAAUGUCAACUGACCCAAAAUGUUUAAUAAACGCCAAAUAAAAGUAAGAAUAAAACAAACUGCAUCUAAAAAUAAAAUUUCAGUAUACUUCACUUAAACUUUCAAAAGAUUAUAGUAUGCAUUGAAAAUUUAAAUCUAACAGCUGAACAUUUUUAUACAUAUGAAAUUUAAAUUUUUUUUUGUAAAUUUUUCAUAAAUUUCAAAUAUAAAAUUUUUUUUAUAAAAUAGUGAUCCAAAACAUAAAAGUAAACUUUGAAUAUUUUUUACAAUGUAUUGUUUACAUAAAUUU